AUGGGUGUUCUCGAUGUCGUUCCUACUGGCGUUCUGACUGGCGACAAUGUUCGUAAAUUAUUCGAUUAUGCUAAGGAACACCAGAACGUAACUUCGUCUUCAGUAGCGAACGCUGUACUCGAGGCCGCAAGAGACAUCAAGUCCCCUAUCAUCAUUCAAGUCUCCCAAGGCGGGGCAGCCUAUUUUGCAGGCAAGGGACUCCCGAACGAUAAACAACAGGCAUCCAUCAUUGGCGCCGUCAGUGCCGCACACCAUGUCAGGCUCAUGUCCAAAAUCUAUGGCGUGCCCGUCAUUAUGCACAGCGACCACUGUGCCGAAAAACUCCUUCCUUGGUUUGAUGGCAUGCUCGAGGCGGACGAAGCCUACUUCAAGCAACACAACGAGCCUCUUUUCUCUUCGCACAUGCUUGACCUCUCCGAGGAUCCCAAAGAAAAGAACAUUGAGAUCUGUGCAAAGUAUUACAAGCGCAUGGCACCUAUCGGUCUCUGGCUCGAGAUGGAGAUCGGAAUUACGGGUGGGGAAGAGGACGGCGUCGACAACACUGGAGCGGACAACGCGAGCUUGUAUACCCAGCCUGAAGAUGUGUACGACGUAUAUACGACCUUGAGCAAGAUUGGACCCAAUUUCAGCAUCGCGGCGGCGUUUGGAAAUGUACACGGCGUCUACAAGCCCGGGAACGUUAAACUCCUGCCAGACCUCCUAGGCAAACAUCAGGAGUAUGUGGCGGGGAAAGUUCCAGGAUCCAAGAAACCUCUCUACCUUGUGUUCCACGGUGGAUCCGGAUCUUCGAAAGAGGAAAUUGCGACUGCCGUAUCUAAUGGUGUUGUGAAAAUGAAUGUCGAUACCGAUACUCAGUUCGCGUACCUCGUCGGCAUCCGGGACUUCGUGCUCAAGAAGCAGGCCUAUCUCCAGACUCAGGUUGGUAAUCCCGAAGGAGACGAUAAACCUAACAAAAAGUUCUACGACCCUCGAGUCUGGGUUCGUGAGGGCGAGAAGACCCUCGCAGAACGGGUCAAGGUGGCAUGCCAGGAUCUUGGAAAUGUUGAUCGUCUGUAG